AUGAGCAGUCAGAAGGAGGUCGGCCACGUCGAAGUGACCGCGCCAUUGCGGUAUGAGCUGAGUCAACAGACGCACAGUGCAACGGGAGUUGACCUUCUGCGGGACGGCGCCAACAGCAGGCGCGGAUUGGCCGAACGCGGUGCCACCAACCUUACCGGCAUCACCGAAGGUCGGCGCCACACCAGGUGUAGAUGGAGCGCCAAACUGUCCGAUGCCGCCAGAGAGCGAUGUGCCGGUACCGGUGCCGAAGGCAGGCGCGCUGGCAGUGUUCAACGAUGUCGUGCCACUGGCGCCGAAAAUAGAUCCUGUGGCGGUUCCGGGCGCCGGCGCAAAACUGAAUGA